UGUUUAGUCGGACUGUUGUUUACUUUAAGCCUGACACGUUUCACCUGCAGGACAUCAGCUGAUAAGACGUGUUCGCCUCACUUUGUUGAGCUUUUGUUGUUUGGUAAAAUGUCUGAUGAUAAAGACGAAACGCGUCAGAGGUUAAAGGCAGCUCUGCACUACACGGUGGGUCGUCUGUGUCAGAAGAUGGGAAAUGAACAUGAGAAGGUCUUCAGUCGACAUGUGAUCGCAGCCAUAGCGGAAACCACCUUCAGACAGUGUGAUAUAUUUGCCAACGACCUGGAGGCCUUUUCAAGGCAUGGUAAAAGAUCUACGGUGUCUACUGAGGAUGUUAAACUUUUAGCCCGUCGUAGCACGGCACUGUUCAACCACAUACAAAAGAAAAGUGAAGAGAUAACCCAGGAGCAGAGGGACUUAAAAAAGAAGAGCACUGGGAAGAGGAAGAGCAGAGACACUGAGGAGAGCAGAGAAUGACAGGAGGACACAGGCGAGCCUCGAGUGUCUUACCUUCACCCGGCUUUCUAACAUCAACUCAAACUGUGUCAUUCUGAAUCUUAAAUUCUAGAAGACUACAGCAUGGCAUCGUUACAUUAAAGUUCUGUAUGCUGAUUUUUCUGAGCAAACACCUUCAAACUACUGUCAAAAUAAAGUGUCUUGUGU